AUGCCGGUUAUGCAUUCUUCUGUCAGAAUCUCAAACACCAACGAUGUUAAGUGCUAUUGUGGUAAAUCAUGUAAAGGUACGCGGGGGCUUAAAAUGCACCAACGUAGUUGUCGUGUAAUACAUGGUUUAAAUGAUGAAUUGCUUACAGACCUUGAACAGCAAUCUACUGAGAACUUGACUACGAAUACUUCUACUCAUUCUACAUUUGACGAAAUUGAUGUAAUCGAAAAUAUUGCGAGCGAUCAGAAUUUUCCAGUGUUGAAGAAAGGGGUAAAGCUUCCCAAAAGCGACGUAGAAUGGUCAAUGGCUGACAGUUAUUUCAAAUUUGAAUUGCAACUAAAUGCGCCAAUCAGAACCGAAGAUCUAAGCUCAAGCAUUACGCUAAUGAAUGAUGUUGUCUACAACUAUUUCACUGAUAACUUCGGUUAUGUUGAGAAGAUGCCAGAUAAAGAGCUAGUGAAUAAGUAUAAAGAUCAAACAGUAAAAGCCUUAAAAAAAAGUCUAAAACAACUAAAGCUAUCGAACGCUGAUCCUCACGAAAUCAAAUAUGUAGCUCGCACAUUGCGUGAUAAGUUGCGUAAUGCCUGUUAA